AGCUGUCAAAUUGUGAAUUCUGUUCAAAGUACAUGCAUCUAAUCAACAAAAAAAUUGUUCUACGUGCAACCAUUUGGUAGAAAAUAUCCUGUAUUUGCAAAUUAUUCUCCAAAAAUUAACUGUGAAACAGUGCGAUAGGAAGAAAACCAGCUUUUCACGCUACUGAAAAGACAGUCAAGAUGGGAUUUUCGUGAAUACGCGCCUCUUGCUUGAAUUCUUGUUAUAUUAGUGUAAUCAUCGUUGGAAACCUUUACGAUCGUUGUUAUCUGCUACCAUGGAGGAACAAGUUAGUCAAGAUUCGUGUGACGUUGAGAUGAACAACUCCAAGGGGGUUCUGUUGAAGAUUGCCAAUCUGUACGCCGAGCAGCUGAUGUCCGACGUCGUUCUGGUGGUGGGGUCCAACCGAUAUCCCGCUCACCGAGUGAUACUGUGUGCCAGCAGUGACGUUUUCCAGGUCAUGCUGAUGAACCCAGAGUGGAACGAGUGCCGGGAGAGUGUUAUCGAGCUGAAGGAGGAUCCGAUGUGCUCGAUGGUUUUCCCGCAGUUUCUGAAGUACCUGUACGUCGGUCAGAUUAAAGUUUCUCUUCAGACGGUAAUGCCGAUGCUGGAGCUGGCCGAUAAGUAUAACAUUAAGGACCUGGUGGAGCUCUGUGUGGACUAUAUGCUUAAGCACGUGGCCAAGGCUGCGACACAGGGUUAUCUGGUUUCCUGGUUUCAGUACACGAUUUCCUUCGGCAGUAAUCAUGUGCAACUGACACAGGCACUGCAGAAUUUUCUAAAAUGGAACUUGGAUAUCGUAUCGGAAUCGAACGAUUUCAACGAAUUGUGCGGAUUGAUUCUGGUGCGGCUGUUGCAGCAGAAUGAUCUUGUAGUGAAGAGCGAGUUCACACUAUUCGAAUAUUUAGAGAAGUGGCUGUUGUACAAAAAGGACCAACUGGACAAGGAACAGGAGAUGACGGAAGAGGAGAAACUGUUCGAGCUAGUCAGUACGAUUGAGGCGGUCUUUGUACAUGUUCGCUUUGCCAUGAUGUCACCGCCCGAGCUGGCGAAGAUUCUGCUGCGGCCGAUUAUGCAGUACCACAAAGACUUCUUUGUAGAACGCGUUGCCAUCGGGAUGAGCUACCAUGCCGGAGAGGGUAUUCAGGCGAUUCGAACACAGGAAAACGGUGCACUGCAAUUUACGCCGCGCCUUUACACCACCGAUAAGUGGGGCUUUAGUAUGCGGGUUCCUGACUUUGAACAAAUUGAGAACUACACCAACUUUGUUGGGCUGUUCUUCUCCCAGAACGAUCUGUCCGAGUCACAUGAAGACCAAAGUGUCGCAUGGGAAAUCGAGUUUUUCCCCCGAGGCGUUCGCUACAACCGCGCCAAGCUGAUAGGAGUCUACAACACGCCGGUAAACUCGGAGAUACCCGAAUCGAUCAUUCGAACGGUGAGGCUGAAGGUGCUGUGCCAAGAACGACUCGAAGAGGAACAACGAUUUAUGAUCGGCGUCCUGAUCAGCGGCGUCCAGAAUAAGAUCACCCACAUUCGGACGUGCCACGUGCGGACGGCAUACUUCUCGAACGAGUUUCGGGUGUUACACAUCGAUAAUCUGAUACCGUACGAGGAGCUGCAGCUGAGCGCCGUCAACCUGAGUUCGCACCUGAUCGGUGAGAAGCGGGAUACCAUCCAGCUGCAGGUGGUGAUCGCUCCGCUCGGUGAAUACGCCUGCAGUGAGACGCCACCGUUCGAGUUUCGAAAUUUAUAACGAUAAGGGGUCGGGAUUCGGGCGUUCAGUUGAAGCGAUGAUUCAGAUAGUACCAUGCAUACAUGUAGGCGUUUUGGUUGUUCGGGGCCUGUUCAUUUAGCGAAUAAAGCUAGUACUACCCAGAAUCACCAUAAUAUAUUCAGUUGAUUGUUUUCUGAUUGUAUAUGAUUAGGUACGAUUAAGCGGAGAACCAGUUUUUUCUUUUUAAGGUUGUUUUGGACUGCUAAUUCGUUCAAAGCGUAUGUUUUUUAGUAUUUCCCGAAGGUAGGACCCUGAGCAACCGCGAAAAAUAACACAGAUUAUGACAAUUCGUGGAAGCAACGUGCCACAACAGAGUAGCUGGGUAUUUAAAAAAACUACAAAAAUAUGGACAGCAGAUUUAUUAUUCAUGUGCUAAUAUUUCACAACAGAACAAGUACUAAGAGUUUACCUACGAAACGCAUGAUUGUUUAUUCACUACAUCCGAAACUGAGAGGCCCUUCUCUGUAAGUGUUAAACUAUUAAGGGAAUAAAUGUGUUCAAUAUGAAAAGCCUUGCAAACACAAGACCAAAACCCAUGAUGAGAAAUUUCCUACUAGUAGGUAGCGACUGCAUCGUGUGUGCUCCGUUUUCUUAAUUAAUUUCAUUAGGAAAAGUGUAACUGUUUUCCGAUCGAUUAUGUCGGGAGCGAUUCAAACUGCACCGCAA